AUGGUCGUCCCUGAUCUCACAGCGUCAACGGAGUACGACUUUUCAGGCAUGUCCUAUUACAAUUUCACCACCAACGUCACGGGCACUCCGAUCGCUCCCCUCUACCCACAAGCCAUCCUCCUCCCCUUAUUCGCUUUCCCAGCAUGGAUAUUAUGCAUUCCCUCGCUAAUAUGGCACUUCAGUCAGGGGAACAUUGCAGCUGGCUCGGUCGUGACCUGGGUCGUUCUCAACAACUUCUACAAUGCCAUUAAUCCACUCAUCUGGCCUCGAGACAACAUCCUUGAGUGGUUUGAUGGCAAGAUUUGGUGUGACAUUGGCGUGCGGAUCCAAGUUGGUACCGUCGUCGGUAUUGCUGCCUCCACAACCAUGAUCAUCCGGAAGCUAGCUAGGGUAAUGGACACAAGCAACAUUGUCGUGUCAUCGAGCAGAAAUAGCAAGUUGAAAGAGAAGAUUUGGGAGGUUGUGUGGUGCUGGGGCUAUCCAUUGGUAAUGAUCCUCCUGUACUAUAUCGUUCAGCCUAUUCGCUACUUCAUCUUUGGGAUUGUCGGUUGCGUCUCUGGCUACGAUACCAGCUGGCCCAGCAUCGUUAUCAGCUUCAUGUGGGGACCCAUAACCAUGUUGGCCGCUACAUAUUAUGCAGUCCUCCUCAUCUACCGCCUCUAUAGAUAUCGUCGUGAAUUCUCGCGACUCAUAUCCGCUCGCAACACCACCAAAUCGCGCUUCGUUCGCCUCUUCAUACUCUGCAUGAUCACCGUCGUCGCCUACACCCCCUAUACAAUCUGGCUCCUCAUCACACUAUGCGGAGCCAUCAAAGACCCCUACGACUGGGACAGCAUACACGGUCCUCAGUUCAACACCAUUAUGAUGAUUCCUGCUCUCGGCCAAGUCAGUAUUGAGAGAUGGAUUCAAGUUGCUACCGGCUACGUCAUCUUCUUCGUCUACGGCACCGGUGCAGAUGCGCAUAAUCUGUACAAGAAGAUGCUGCUCCUCGUUGGCCUGGGCAAAUGGUUCCCAAGCUUAUACAACUUGAACAGUGCGCCAUCAACCUUCAUCGCAGCAAGGUCCUGGAGCUCGAGUGUAUCGUCCAAGGCCAAGAGCAUGUUUUGGUCCAAGAGUGACUCCGAGACUGAGACUAUGGAUGGUACCACGGCCAAUGGCUCCGUACGCCACAACUCCGUCACCCCGACGCAGGUAGUGCCUACCAGAUGCAACACCUUGACCCUGACCUCUCGCUUGAUCUCUUUCUUCACCUCCAUCUUGGCUCGCCAACCCCGCCGCACUGACGUCUUACCGCUUUACUCGCCUGACUACACUGGACGCAGCUUGGUGAGCAUCAGCCAGGCUCAAGUUCAGCCGUCGGUCCACCAUGCUUCCAUCGGUAUCGAGACGCAUGCUUGGGCGACUGAUGAGCCAGCAGUCCCUGGAGCGAGUGGAGCAAAUGGCGUACAAGUUAGCCGCGAACUACGCCAGUGCUGCUGCAAUAAGAGCGAGGUUGAGAAUGAGGGCAAGGGGGGAAAAGAUUGGGCUUGA